AUGACGGCUUCGCGCAGUGACUCUUUGGUGGUGUUGUUUGGGGCAACAGCUGGUGCAUAUGGGGCUAAACUGGGUUCGGAUGAGAGGGAACUAAUUCUCUUGGUGUGGCAAGUUGUGGAUCUCCCCGGCAAGAAGGUAGGGACACUGCACAAAUCCCUGGUGAAAGCAGACAAUUUGGAGUUAAGUGAUCAAUGUCGUGAAGUAAGUGGUUUAACACCAGAGGGACUGGGCAAAGCAGAGCCUCUGGACCGGGUUCUUCAACAGUUUAUUCAGCUGGUAUCCAGUGAUUUGAAAGUACUUGGAAGGAGUUCUUACACGCUCUGCAGUGAUGGCCAGUUACUCAUUCGACAAGUCCUCCACCCAGAAACAUCUAAGAAGAACUUCCUGCUGUCAGACUGCUUCUAUUCCUUUUAUGAUCUGCGCAAAGAAUUUCACACAUGCUACCCUAGUUCAGCCGCCGUGAAGGAUCAGACUAUCAAGACCAUGGCAGAAUAUCUAGGCUUAGGGACAGAUGAAACGGAGGAGGACUUCGGUGUGUGGCAAGUGAAAACAAUGGUGGCUAUCAUUUUCAGCAUGCUCUCUGAAAGUUGUAAUCAUGUAUUUACUGAGCCUGAAACUGUGAAAUACAAAUACGAAACAGGUCCAUGUAGUAAAUCUGAAACAGUGGACAAUGAGACGGUAAUACGUGCCAGAGGUUUGCCAUGGCAGUCUUCAGACCAAGAUAUUGCCCGAUUUUUCAAAGGACUCAAUAUUGCUAAAGGUGGUGUGGCCCUUUGUCUGAAUGCUCAAGGAAGAAGAAAUGGUGAAGCAUUAGUUCGGUUUGUCAAUUCUGAACAGAGAGAUUUGGCACUGGAAAGACAUAAGCAUCACAUGGGUAGCAGAUACAUUGAGGUUUACAAAGCAACUGGGGAAGAAUUCUUAAAAAUUGCAGGAGGUACCUCCAAUGAAGUUGCCCAGUUUUUAUCUAAAGAGAAUCAAGUUAUCAUCCGGAUGAGAGGUCUUCCAUUCACUGCUACUCAGGAGGAUGUCUUGGGGUUCCUGGGGCCAGAGUGCCCGGUCACAGGAGGGAAAGAGGGACUUCUCUUUGUCAAGUACCCAGAUGGCAGGCCCACGGGAGAUGCAUUUGUGUUGUUUUCCUGUGAAGAAUAUGCACAGAAUGCACUUAAAAAGCACAAAGAAAUCCUUGGAAAACGUUACAUAGAACUCUUCCGGAGCACAGCAGCAGAAGUCCAGCAGGUACUCAAUCGAUACAUGUCAACGCCUCUUAUUCCCACCCUCCCAACUCCCAUCAUUCCUGUCAUACCCCCGCCAUAUACAAUUGCCACAGGUAGCAUACGUGACUGUGUCCGGCUCAGAGGCCUUCCUUACACUGCUGGCAUUGACGACAUCCUGGAAUUUAUGGGAGAUGCCACAGCUGAUAUCAAGCCCCAUGGAGUUCACAUGGUCCUUAACCAACAGGGACGACCAUCAGGUGAUGCUUUUAUCCAAAUGAAAUCUGCUGACAAAGCCUUUAUGGUGGCUCAAAAAUGUCACAAAAAAAUGAUGAAGGACCGUUAUGUGGAAGUAUUCCAGUGUUCAGGAGAGGAGAUGAACUUUGUUUUAAUGGGUGGCACUUUAAAUCGUAGUGGCUUAUCCCCACCGCCAUGUAAGUUACCAUGUCUUUCUCCACCAGCUUAUGCUGCUUUCCAAACAGCAACAGUGAUCCCAGCAGAAGCAGCACUCUACCAGCCACAAGCCCUCUUGCCAGCCGCCAGGACUCCCCAGGCAUCGGCUGCUGCUCCUCCAACUGUUACCUACUACCCAGCUCAGGCAGCUCAGCUUUAUAUGAAUUAUACAGCUUACUAUCCCAGUCCUCCAGUAUCCCCUACCACAGUGGGGUAUAUCGCAGCUCCUCCAGGAGCUGUAGCUGCUGCUGCCACUGCCACCCACACUCCAAUUCUGCCCCAGCCUGGAGCGUUAGUCCGUAUGCAGGGCUUGCCAUAUAACACAGGAAUGAAGGAGAUUCUCAGUUUCUUCCAGGGAUACCAGCUCCACGCAGAUUCCAUCCUCGUGCUUUACAACUUUAGCGGCCAGCCCAGCGGAGAGGCAUUGGUGACUUUUCCAAGCCUGGAUCUAGCUAAGAAAGCAGUGGCUGAGAAAAACGGACAGCUCCUGGGAGGCCACUGUGUAGAACUAUACCUGGUCUAACCAAACACUCUCUGGGGGAUGGGGAAAGAAUGUCGCACUGAACACUGUGCCCUUUACAAAAUAAGGAGUCUUCCCUUGCCACCCACGCAGCAGCAAAUGUGCCUUUUCAGCAUGAUAUGUUGGAAUGUAGAGUGGUACAUGUCCUGUAUUUAAUUAGAAAAAUGGUGUAUUGUAUGCCAAAGAAAAAAGUGAAAAGAAAAAUUAUGCAGUUAAUUUACUUAAUCUCUAAUGUACUUGUUUGAAAAUAGGCAACCCCCCUCUUGGCAUGUAGUUAAUUCUGAAGACAAUCUAAUAGCACUUCAGCUAUCACAGCCAUGGGAGAAACCUAUUGCCUGUUUAGUAGCAUUUGAAGUGGAAAGCGAAGCUCGAGUCAUUCAGAUUCUUCUGUGUUUAGUUUUUAAGAGUUUACACUUGGCAAAGUGUCUGGUUUUUGUAGAGUUUAAAUGUCUUUAGAGAGGGCUUUUGGAAUGUGUAGCAUUCCCAAUUCAAAGCAUAGAUCCAAUUGAUUUUUUUUGUUGUUGUUCUGGACUGGAAAAUACCAGGAUACUGGACCCCAAAUGCAAUUGUGCUUUCUCAUGUUUUCAUUAUAUGUUGUUUUGCAAAAGCCAUAUUUGUCUUUCCUACCAGUGUACAGCUGCCAAUGUGUAAAGCAAAAAAAUAAAAACAAUAUAAAAACAAAACCAGAAAAAUGCUCUCUUCCCAACCAUAACUCCCUGACCCCACCCCAAAUUUUUAAUCUCUACAGGACAAAAAUGGCACAUAAACCGGAGUACUAAUAAGUUAUAUUUUUUUAUUUAAGCAUAAUAGCUUUCAGAUACUGUAUUAAAGAUUUUGCUCUAGUUUAUGUGCAUGCAAUUUGUUUACAUCUUUAAACUACUUUAUUUGUAUAUUAUGAAACAACAAGAUAUGUUGAAAUCUAAAU